AUGGCACUGAAGGAAGUGGCUGGGAGCCAGCAUCGGGGAGCCAGCAUCGCCCUGACUGUCCUCAUGGACUGGCAGGUCACCCGCAGCCUGCAGGACGCUUCCCAGGAGCACGCGGCCGAGCAGGGCCGCCUCUCGCAGGAGGUGAGCGUGCGGGAGCAGAGCCUGGAGCAGAUGCGGCGGGAGCUGGCAUGGGCCCGAGCGGAGCUGCAGCGAGCGUGGCAGGAGGGCAACAGCAGCCGCGUGAAGCUGGGGAUCCAGGACGCCGAGCUGGAGCGCGCCAGGCAGGAGCUGGCUGGGCUGCAGAAUGAGAUGCAGCAGGUGCGGGGGGAGCUCAGGACCAGCGAGAGCACUGUGAGCAGCCUGCGCGCUUGCGUGAAUACAGAUUGCUGCCCCUCGGGCUGGGUGCUCUACAGGGGCAAGUGCCUCUUCGUCUCGCUGGAGAGGAAGACAUGGUGGGACAGCCGUGAUGACUGCAGAAGUAAAUCCGCUCAGCUGCUGGUCCAAGGCGACUGGCCAUCAUGGACGGUGCCGAUGUAUUAUGCCACGUACUGGAUUGGAGCAAAAUUUUCUUCUGAUGCGAAGAGGACUGUGGUAUGGCAAGACAGCAAGGAGUUACCCUUGUAUGACUAUCCCGCAGAUUGCGGGCAAUCAGUUGGCGGGAAAAUAGAGAGUGCAAAAUGCAGGAGCAAGAACCAGUGGAUCUGCGAGCAGCCCCCGAAGCUGAGCAGCACAUCCAAGACCGUCCUUCCUCUCAUGGUCAAGCCCUGA